AUGGCAGCAUCCCUGAGGACAGCAGCCGCAGCAGCGGCCCUGCUGCUCGCCAAGGCAGUCCCCGCCCAGUCGACAACGCCCACGGCCGGCGACCUGUCGGUCCUGACCAUGAACGUCGCAGGCCUGCCGCAGAUCCUGCAAAACAACGAGGUGCCUGGCGACAAGACAGUGAACUCCAAGUUGAUCGGCGGCUACUUUGCCGAGUAUGACUUCGACGUCAUCCACGUGCAGGAGGACUUCAACUACCACGCGGCCGUCUACGAGACCGACAACCACCCUUACCGGACCGCAACCUCCGGAGGUGUUCCGUUCGGGUCCGGGCUCAACACCCUCGCCAACUACCCGUGGGUCGAUUUCACCCGCACAAAGUGGGACACAUGUAGCAACACCGACAGCGAUGAUUGCCUGACGCCCAAGGGUUUCACCUUUAUGCGCGUGCAGAUCGCGGCGGCGACGGAUAACUCUACCGCCGUCUACGCCGACUUCUUCAACCUGCACGCCGACGCCGGCACCACCGACGCCGACGAGACGGCCCGCAACUCCAACAUCAACCAGGUACUAGCAUUUGCUGAGGCCAACUCUGUGGGCAAUGCAGUCGUCAUCUUCGGCGAUACCAACUCCCGCUACAGCCGCGUUCUGGACACGGCUGUGCGCACGCUGCUUGACAACAACUUCACCGAUGCCUGGGUGCAGAUCGCGCGCGGCGGCGUCGUGCCCACUCAGGAGACCCUGUGCGUGAACCCGCAGCCGGCGGACAACAGUAGCUGCGAGACCGUCGACAAGGUCUUCUACCGCUCCUCGCCACUCGUCACCCUCGACGCCAGUAGCUUCAUGUACGUCGGGGAGUGGUUCCUGCAGCCCAACGGCAGCAUCCUCACAGACCACAACCCCGUCAACGUCAACUUCACCUGGACCGCGGGCGCUAGCCUGCGCCAGUCCGCCUACUGGGGUGGCCCGCACGGCACAUGGUUCAGCGACGUCGAGACGCUCGCUUCCAUCUCCAAGCCCACUGUGUCAAAGCUCACCUUCCGCGGUGCCAACAGGCUCGACAGCGUCGGCGUGACGCUAAGCAGCGGCGCCAGCCUCACCCACGGCGGGACAGGCGGCACCGAGGCGACCCUGACGCUGGCCUCGGGCGAAUACUGGACGAAGGCGACGCUUUGCCAGGGCCUUUACAACAACCAGACGCGUAACUUCUACAUCCUGGCGACCACCAGCACAGGGAAGACCGUGAGUGCUGGCACAAAGACAAGCGACUGUGCCGACUUCACAGCCCCGACCGGCUGGAGCAUCGUCGGGUUCUUAGGCCAGGAUGGCGAUGAAUUGGACCAACUGGCAUUCGUGUACGCGCCACAUUCAUAG